AGAGAGUGUUCUGGCACUUGUGGACACCCAGGGAAGUCCCGAAGCCUUCUUCACUGCAGUUGACCCCCUACCCUUGAAUUCUUGAUCCGAAAUCUGCCCCCCUUUAAGUGAGGGUGAGGAUCCCUACAGUAUGGAAGACCUCCCACAGGAUCUGAACUACUCCCUGAGGAUGAAAGAUGGAAUCAUAUAUGUCUAUGAUAAUGUGGAUGCUUUAAAACAGGAUCAGCCACGGAGCUUGCCAUAUCCUGACUUGGAAACUUUCGCUAUUGACUUGAGCCACGUCCUUGCCAUGAUUGCAGACGGACCAACGAAAACCUAUUGUCACAGAAGGCUUAACUUCAUGUUGUCCAAGUUCCAACUACAUGAAAUGCUGAACGAGAUGGCAGAGUUAAAGGAACUGAAAGGCGUUCCUCACAGAGACUUCUAUAAUGUCAGAAAGGUUGAUACGCACAUUCACGCAGCUGCCUGCAUGAACCAAAAGCAUCUUCUGAAGUUCAUCCAGUACACCUAUAAGACAGAAGCAGAGCGAGUGGUGGCGGAGAAGAACGGAAAGAAGCUCACGCUCAAACAGGUGUUUGACAAUCUGAAAAUGGACCCGUACGAUCUCACAGUGGACUCAUUAGAUGUACACGCGGGAAGACAAACCUUUCAUCGCUUUGAUAAAUUCAAUUCCAAAUACAACCCAGUGGGUGCUAGUGAGCUCCGAGAGAUCUACCUCAAAAGUGAUAACUACAUCAAUGGAGAAUAUUUUGCACGUCUCAUCAAGGAAGUUGCUCAGAACCUGGAGGAGAGUAAAUAUCAGCACGCAGAACCCCGUCUCUCAAUUUACGGCCGAGCUCCUGAAGAGUGGGACAGCCUGUCCAAAUGGUUUAUCAACCAAAAGUUGUACUCCCCUAACAUGAAAUGGAUGAUACAGGUGCCUAGGAUUUAUGACAUUUUCAGAUCAAAGAAGAUCAUUCCCAACUUCGCCAAGAUGCUGGAGAACAUCUUCCUCCCACUGUUCCAGGCCACCAUCAACCCUCAGAAGCACAAAGAAACACAUGUCUUCCUGAAACACGUGACAGGGUUUGACAGCGUGGAUGAUGAAUCCAAACAUAGUGAUCACUUAUUCACCUAUAAGAGUCCAAAACCGGAAGAGUGGACCAUGGAGGAAAACCCUCCAUACACUUACUACCUCUUCCACAUGUAUGCCAACAUCAUGGUCCUCAACAACCUACGCAAGGAACGUGGUCUCAAUACCUUCCAGUUCCGUCCUCACUGUGGCGAGGCAGGAUCCAUCACCCAUCUGGUGUCAGCCUUCCUCACGGCUGACAACAUCUCUCACGGACUCAACCUCAAGAAGAGUCCUGUGCUGCAGUACCUGUUUUACUUGGCCCAGGUGCCCAUUGCCAUGUCUCCACUCAGUAAUAAUAGCCUGUUCCUGGCGUAUUCCAAAAAUCCCCUCAGGGAGUUCCUGCAAAAGGGCCUGUGUGUGUCCCUCUCCACAGAUGACCCAUUACAGUUCCACUACACAAAGGAGGCCUUGAUGGAGGAGUAUGCCAUAGCAGCACAAUUGUGGAAACUGAGCACAUGCGAUGUGUGUGAGAUCGCCAGAAAUAGUGUGCUUCAGGGCGGUCUGUCUCAUCAGGAGAAGAAGCACUUCCUGGGUGAGAAUUAUCUACAGGAUGGACCGGAGGGUAAUGACAUCCGUAUGACAAAUGUGGCACAAAUCCGUGUGGCCUAUCGUCACGAGACCUUGUGCAAUGAGCUCAGCUUCCUAGUGGAUGCCGUCAAAUCAGAAGCGUUGGCUGCACAAGCCCCGUAAACAUGGCAGGGUGAUCGAUAAUGAACAUGAGUCCAUACGAGUUGACCAGACAUCAGCAUAAAACUUUAUCUUGCUAAUGUGGGGUCAUGUGACUUAAUGCCUUAUAUGAUGGGCAUAUCCCUUAUCAUAGUGCCUAAUGUGUAUAUAUUUAUUUCUCAAAUCAAUUCUUUAAAAAAAAUAUGGGACUUUCUGAUAAACUGUUGCAGUAUUUUGCAUGGUUUCUGAAAAUGGGAGCAUACAUUUGUUGUCUUGGCUUCGGGUUUCUGAUGUGAACAAUGUAUUAUUAUUAUUUUUUUUUUCAGAUAAAUGUUUUUGUAAAAAAAAAAAGUCCCAGGAAGAGGAAUUCAAAUUUGCCUUGAUAAACUAGUUUGUUUGCAACCUGAGAUUCUGGGGCAGGUUUUUUUUUUUUU